AUGGUACUCGAUCAAGAAAAAUAUGAGCUUAUUGAAGGGAAAGUGGACUGGAGGGGAAGAACAGCUCGGAAGGAUAAACAUGGAGGAAUCCGAGCUUCCAUUUUCAUAUUAGGAAUAUUUGGUUUUGAGAACAUGGCAACUAUAGUUCUGGGGGUGACAUUGCUGACGUACUUAAAUGGGGUGAUGAACAUCAACCUAGCCGAUGCAGCCAACCAUGUGACUAACUUCGCCGGCGCAACUUACAUUCUCACUAUUGUAGCCGCCGUCCUAGCUGAUACCUACAUUGGCCGAUUCAAGGCUGUUCUUAUUUCUGCCUGGAUUGAGUUCUUGGGGCUAGGGCUUCUAGCAAUGCAAGCUCACUACGCUAAGCUAAAGCCUCCUCCAUGCAACCCUCUUGACAAGGCUCAAAAGUGCGAGGAAGUUGGGGGCCGCAACGCGGCAAUCCUAUUCGUGGCGCUGUACACGGUAGCGAUCGGAUCGGCGGGGGUGAAAGCCGCAGUGCCGUCGCACGGGGCGGACCAAUUCGAUUACAAACAUCCUAAAGAGGCUUCCCAAAUGUCGAGCUUCUUCAACUGGCUGUUGCUGGGCGUUUGUGUAGGAGGGGCGGUGAGCCUCACGCUCUUCGUCUGGCUUAUCCAACAUAAGGGAUGGGAUUGGGGCUUUGCUGCUUCUACGGUGGCUAUGUUCUUUGGUGGAAUCUUCUUCACUCUUGGCUUGCCAUUUUAUCGUGUGUAUGUCAUUCAAGGAAGUAGUGCCAUUACUCAAAUUAUUCAGGUAUUUGUCGCAGCCAUCCACAACAGAAAGCUACAACUUCCGGAAGACUCCAGUGAGCUAUAUGAGAUCAGUAAUAAGGACAAAGAAGCUGCGGUAAUUGAUGCUGAAUUUCUACCCCACACUGACAAAUACAGAUUCCUAGACAAAGCAGCAAUUCAAACAUCAUGGGAUGAAGAACCGAAUCCAUGGAGAGUUUGCAGGGUGACACAAGUGGAGAAUGCAAAAAUCUUAGUAAGCCUCAUCCCAGUGUUCUUAUGCACAGUGAUAAUGACAGUUUGCCUUGCCCAACUCCAAACUUUCUCAAUCCAACAAGGCUCCACAAUGGACUUAAACAUCACCAAAUCCUUCCACAUUCUCCCUUCUUCAUUACCCUUCCUCCCCAUCCUCUUCCUCAUCUUCUUGAUCCCCCUCUACGACCGAGUAUUCGUCCCCGCCAUGCGCCGCCUCACCGGAAUCCCCACCGGAAUAACCCACCUCCACCGCGUCGCCGUCGGGCUGGUCCUCUCCUCUCUGUCCAUGGCCGCGGCUGCCAUACUGGAACUCAAACGGAAACAGGUGGCAAGAGAGAGCAACAUGGUGGACGCCAUCCCGAUCCUGCAGCCAUUGCCGAUCAGCGUGUUGUGGCUGUCGAUCCAGUACUUUAUAUUCGGGAUAGCCGACAUGUUCACCUACGUUGGACUUCUCGAAUUCUUCCACUCGCAAGCGCCCAAGGACCUGAAAUCCGUGUCGUCUUGCUUCCUAUGGAGCUCCAUGUCGCUGGGCUACUUCACGAGCUCCGUGCUGGUGAAGGUGGUGAACGUGGCGACGAAGGGGAUAACGGAGAGCGGCGGAUGGUUAGGAGGGAACAACGUUAACAGGAACCAUUUGGAGCUGUUUUAUGCGUUGCUGUCUGGAUUGAGCUUUGUGAAUUUCUUGAUAUAUUUGUUUGUUUCUAAGAGGUACAAGUACAGGCAACAAAUAGGUGACGACGAUUCGAUGAUGUCUGAGAAUGAGGAUGAGAGUAAAUAG